UCUAUCAGAAAGCAGCUUACAAUAGCCAAGCCCCUACGAGCUCAGACUCUCUUUGUUGGAUACCCACCAUUCAACAGGCAAGAUGGCUCGUGAUAUGUCUGAUAAGGAAAUCCUGCAAAUGGAGCUGGCUCAGCUGAAGAUUGAAGUUAGCACAACACGCACAGCUGUGUCAGUAAAUUGCAAGGAGACAAUGGAAUGGGUGGAGGCCCAAACAGAGGGCGACCCACUCAUAAAGGGCGUGUCAGAUGACAAGAACCCCUACAAGGGAGACAAGGGAGGCUGCAUUAUAACCUAGAAUACACAAACCCAGGGAAAAGAAGCCACACAUUUUGAUUUAAUGAGAAACAGCGGAGGGCAUUCAAACACAUAUGUAAUCUGAUAUUUGGACAGACAGACAGCUCAGAGACAAGGACAACUACAACAUUUGUGGUGAUAUUGUAUUGUUACAAGAUGCCAGAUUUCCCUUUUCACCAUCUCUGGAUAUUUUCUGUUGAUAUCAUUGUGUCUCUGUCAAAUUGUAAAUAAACACAUCUAAGUGUGUAAGGC